AUGUUUUGACGUUCGUUUAUAACCUAAAAGUGAAACCAAUAUUUUGAUUUUCAAUUGUGGAGAGUGUGUCCAUUUCCAAUGGAUUUUCUUCGCAAGCCACUAUCCACCCAUCAUGGAAUUUGCUGAACUGAUCACAACCCCCAAGCUGGAUGGGGUGAUUUUGCAUUCGCCAUUUCAUGAGCCAAUCGACGGCACUUUAUGCAUUACUGGCCAUCAUCUCAUACUUUCCACUAGGAAGGAAAACGUACAAGAGCUAUGGCUGUUGAUCCAGGCAAUAGAUUCCAUUGAAAAGAAACAGCCGCCUGGUUCUAGUCAGAACGGGGGCACAAUCGUCCUCAAAUGCAAAGACUUUCGCCAGUUACAGCUGGACAUUCCGACUAGUUACGAUUUUCACAAUGUAUACACCUCAAUUGAACGUCUCUCUAACUUGGACAGGGCUGAACUCUCUUAUCCAUUCUUCUAUCGGCCAAUGUACCCUCUUUUAGAGGACGGGCAUACUUUGUUCAGGCCUGAAACCGAGUUCGCCAAAUUGCUCGCUACUGAUCAAUGGAGAAUCUCGCACGUGAACCGGAACUAUUCAGUCUGCAAGAGCUACAGUUCAGUGUGGAUUGUUCAUAAGUCUGUUGAUGAUAAUACAUUGAUGGCUGCUGCGAGUUAUCGGGAAGGAGGGCGGAUUCCCCUGUUGAGCUACCGGCAUGAUAAUGGUACCGUUUUAUUGCGGAGCAGUCAGCCGUUAGUUGGGAACAGUGGUAAGCGCUCAAGACCAGAUGAGAAGAUCUUGGACGCGGUGGCGGUAAAAGAUAAAAAAGGGUUUAUCUUUGACACUAGAAGCACUGGACUAGCGGGGCACUGUAAAGGAAAGGGUGGAGGUACUGAACCAGAUAUGCACUAUGCUCAAUGGCAGAAGAUACAUAAAAACCUAGACAAACUAGUCAAGUGCGAUGGCAGCGUUCAGGACCAUUUCAGCAAGCUCAUCGAGGCUUGCCACGACACAUCCAUAUCAACAGAUAAAUGGCUGCAGCGUCUGGAAAAUUGCCACUGGCUAACUCACAUCCAAAGUGUUCUAAGUGCUGCAUGUCUAGUGGCUCAAUGUUUGGAUAAGGACGAGUCCAAUGUGUUAGUCCAUGGCUCAUCGGGACUGGAUGCCACUUUGCUGGUCACUUCUGUUACUCAAGUCGUCCUUAACCCGGACUGUAGAACGGUUAGAGGGCUGCAAGCAUUAAUAGAAAGAGAGUGGUUACAGGCUGGUCACCCAUUUCAGCUAAGAAAUGCGCGGUUUUGCUAUUCAAACGCCAAGGCCAAGAACCAACAGCCCACCUUUCUGCUGUUCUUGGACUGCAUUCACCAACUGCACUACCAGUUUCCCUAUAGCUUCGAGUUCACCACUCAGAUGCUGAUCUUGAUCUUUGAAAAUUCAUAUUUCAGCAAUUUCGGUACCUUCAUCGGAAAUAACGAGCAGGAAAGACAAGAAAUGCGACUGGCCGAGACAACGACUAGCUUUUGGUCCUACUUGAACAGGCCGGACGUAAUUACCAACUUUUUAAACCCCAUGUAUGAGCCCAACAAGGCCGCCAUUUGGCCUAGUAUAGCUCCGGUUAGCUUAGUACUAUGGCGAGAGCUUUAUCUCAGAUGGGUGAUUGAUCCGAAGCACCAAAGAACUGCCGCCCAAAAAGCGGAUGAUUUGAUUCAGAACGACAAAAAUCUUCGAACCAAAGCGAUCCGGAUGAGGAAACAGCUAAUGGACCUGCAAAAGGAGCUUCAAACCUUAACGGCAGACAGUGAGUGCGAGAUAUUGCAUGAAAGUUGAUUUAGACUGUCGCUCUCAACAAGUACGCUUAUUAAAAUCCCUAAGGCUCGACUACAAACUGGUUUUUCCAUGGGGAGCUUAAAGAGGGCUGCUUUUAAAUUUCGAAUCCAUCCCUGGACCAAACCCGUCAGAUUUAAUGAUGUUUGGACAAUAAAGAACAGCUUGAAGAUAUUGCAAGGGGCAAUUCAGCAAUCUACUAAAAGUGUGGGGUUUCAGCCAGUCUGACCGAUAAGUAAUAAAUGAAUGUUCAUUUUUAUCGCUUAUCGCUGAUGAAUAAAAUCCCGUUGAAACUAAACCUGACAAUUUAUCAUUGCAAAGUAUCAAUAAAGAUUUUGCCUUAAAACAA